CUCUUUGAAUGAUUCAGGGUCCCCAAAGAAGCAAAGCACCCUCCUACUGCUGUGUAAAAUGCAGACAGGCUAAGUCUGCCUCUCCCUUACAGAUACAUGAGUCCUGAGCUUCUCCAGACCUGAGGCCAGGAUGCCGCUCCUCUGUCAUGCUUUAGCUGUGACUGUUGUCCAGAUCUGUCUCUUCUGGGAAACCUGGGCGUUUGCCAAGAACAUCAACUUCUACAAUGUGAGGCCUCCUCUUGACCCUACACCAUUUCCAAACAGCUUCAAGUGUUUCACCUGUGAAAAUGCAGGGGAUAAUUAUGACUGCAAUCGCUGGGCAGAAGACAAGUGGUGCCCACAGACCACCAAGUUGCAGAUUCUAUCAUGAGGCCAACCUGACUUCGCUGAGCAGAUGACCUCACCAAUGUGUCCUGGAACCCCACCUCCCCAGAGCUCUACCACCCUAGGGAAAGAUAGAGACAGGCUAGGAGUAUGGAUUGACCAGUCAAUACCCAUGUCCAGCAGAGAAGCAAUUACAGAAGCCAGACCUCCCACCUUCUGCACCCCAUAAAGAUCUUUAGUCCAUAGUCCCAGAGGGACAGAGAAAAGGGAAGCUUUCAGUGGAGUGGAUGGCAUACAGAACUCUGGUGGUGGGAAUUGUACCCCUCUUAUCCCAGUCAUGUCAAUGAUUAUUAAAUCACUAAUAAAAAUGGUUUAAAGUAAUAAUAUUAACUAGAAGUACAAUAAAUAGGUAAGGAAUACACAAA